AGAGGAAGCUACUUGAGAUCAGGGGAGCAUGGUGGAUGUUGUCCUACGAAAGGGCGAGGCUGUAAGUCGCUGUGCGUGAGUUCCUUCUUGCCCUGCUGUGGCCUUGGAUCUCCGGGCAUCGCUCGGCUACUGAAUUCACCUGCUUUCAAAGUCUGGGGUGCUUGGCUGCUUGGACUGCCAGCUGGCGUCGUCCGGGUCCGGCUUUGAUCCGUGAUCUUCGGAGGAGAACCGCGUUUUUGCCUUUUGGCUGUCAUCACCCCAAGGAAAAAAUGGCCAAGGCGAUUCAAGCUCGGCGGCUCGAAGGCGUGGACCAGAAUAUCUGGGUUGAAUUCUCCCGACUAGCCGCUACUUACAAGACUGUGAAUUUGGGUCAAGGUUUUCCCAAUUUCUCCCCGCCGGAUUUUGUCAAGGAUGCCUACGUGGAGGCCAUAAGUGGAGAAAACGCCACAUUGCACCAAUACACCCAGGCGUUUGGUCACCCUCGGUUGGUGGAGGUCCUGGCCCGCUUUUUUGGGAAGCUGCUCCAGCGAGACCUGGACCCCCUGAAGAACGUGCUGGUGACAGUGGGCGCCUACCAAGCUCUCUUCUGCUGCUUCCAGGCCCUGGUGGAUGAGGGGGACGAGGUGAUUAUAAUUGAGCCGUACUUUGACUGCUAUGAACCCAUGGCCAGAAUGGCGGGCGGGAAACCUGUCUUUAUACCCCUGCGGCUGAAGGUUACAAAAAGUGGGAAGCUGGCCUCCAGCCGAGACUGGCAACUCGAUCCAGCUGAAUUGGAGUCAAUGUUCACCAGACGAACAAAAGUCCUGGUUUUGAAUUCUCCCAACAAUCCCUUGGGGAAGGUUUUCAGCAGGACUGAAAUGGAGCACAUAGCGGACCUGUGUGUGAAACACGACGUCAUCUGCUUUAGCGACGAAGUGUACGAGUGGCUGGUUUACGACGGAAACGAGCACGUGCGGAUUGCCAGCUUGCCCGGGAUGUGGGAGCGGACGGUGACCAUUGGCAGCGCUGGCAAAACUUUCAGUGCCACGGGAUGGAAGGUUGGCUGGGCCAUAGGGCCUGAUCACCUUUUGAAACACCUCAGAACCGUUCACCAAAAUUCUAUCUAUCAUUGCGCCACUGCGGCUCAGCAGGAAGCUGUGGCCCGUGGACUGGAACAAGAGUUGGGGCGCGUUGGCAAGCCCGACAGCUAUUUUGUGUACUUGCCCAAAGAGCUCCAGCGGAAGCGGGACCUCCUCAUUGAGAGUUUGGUCUCGGUGGGCAUGAAACCAAUUGUCCCAGAGGGCACCUACUUCCUGAUUGCGGACCUCUCGACGUUUAAAGUGGAUUUGCCCCCCUCGGAGGAGCCCUACGAUUUUCGUUUUGCAAAAUGGAUGAUUAAGAACAAGCGUCUGGCUGCCAUUCCUGUCUCCGCUUUCUACAGUUUCCCGCAGAAGAAGCAAUUUGACCAUUUUUUGCGUUUCUGCUUUGCAAAGGAAGACACGACUUUGAAAGCCGCUGGGGAUAUCUUGAAGGAGUGGAGCCAGGAGUUGCAGAACCAGUGAAGCACCAGCCACGGGGCAGAGCAAAGGGUUGGGGAGCCCCCCGGGCACAUCUUCCAGAUGUUCCAGCAAGUUGAUGGGGACUGUCCCUCCACCAAGGGGAGGCAAAUCCGUCUUGAAGAAUAUUGCACUGCUGCUGGGGCCACUGAAAACUCCCCCAGGGGCCCCGACCUCUCAUCGAGAAGAGUUUUAAUUAAAAUUGCACUCCUUGCUGUUUGUCGGCAAAGCAUGCUGGAUGUGGGGUCUUCAUGGUUCGGACUUCCGAAGGACAGCUCAGCACCGCUGGAUAUUUUCAGAUUAUUGGGGGAUGAUGCCCAGGCUGAAGGAUGGAGUUUUCCCCCUUUGCAGGAAAAA